AUGCCAGGCAAACCUGCGCCCAUCAAGAAGUCCCCGGCCAAGAAGGCUGCCGGGAAGGCACCUGAGCCCUCCCCCGCCCCGGAGCCCUCCCCAGCUCCGGCAGAGGCUCCACCUGCGGAAACACCUGCACCUGUGGAAAAGGCAGCCCCCGCCGCCCCAGCUGAGGACACCCCCGCUGCUGAAGGAAGCGCCCCAGUCUCUCAAGGUCCCUCUGAGACCACAGAGGGAGGAGCUGAUUCGACAACUCCUGCUGAGGCUGCUCCAGCAGAAGCUGUCGUAGUUGAGGAGCCACCCAAGGCCCCCACGCCCCCACCUCCCGCAGUCCCCACCAGUGCUCCUCUGGACGUAUCCGUGGAUGAUGUGAACGACUGCAGCCUCACCAUUAAGUGGAAGACACCGGAGACCAUCGGCGACUCCGGCCUCGACGGAUACACCAUCGAGUACUGCAAGGAUGGAACAACAGACUGGGUUGUUGGUAACGUGGAGUUGACCCCAGCAAACCGCUACAGCAUCAAGAAUCUGACAGCAGGUGACCUGCUGCAUGUUCGCGUGGUGGCUGUAAACCCUGGUGGCCGCAGUGAACCUGGUACUCUCGCUGAGCCUGUGCCGAUCCGCGAGAUUGGUGCGCGUCCCAAGAUCCGCAUGCCCCGAGCUCUCAGAUCCCGUUACGUCAGGCAGGUCGGAGAGCAGAUCAACCUGGUCAUCCCCUUCCUUGGGAAGCCCAAACCUGUGGUUUCCUGGCUGAAGGACGGUCAGCCUACGGAUGCAAAGAGGGUCAACAUCAGGAACAGUGACAAGGACAGCAUCCUGUUUAUCCGCACAUCUCAGAGGGAGGACUCUGGUGUUUACGAGAUAACUGUUAAAGUGGACAGCUUUGAAGACAAAGCCACCAUCACCCUUCAGAUUGUGGAGCUGCCCGGUCCUCCUACCACCGUGAAGCUGGUGGACAGUUGGGGCUUCAACGCUGCUCUUGAAUGGACUGCUCCCAAGGAUAGUGGCAACACAGAUAUCACUGGAUACACCGUUCAGAAGGCCGACAGAAAGACUGGGGAAUGGUUCACGGUGCUGGAGCACUACCACAGGUUAUCCGCCACCGUGUCAGACCUCAUCAUGGGCAACUCGUACGCCUUCAGGGUGUUCUCUGUGAACCAAGUGGGCAUGAGUGAGAAGAGUGCUGUCACCAAGGAGGUGGCUACCAUCCAGAAGACAGGUAUUGUCUACAAGCCUCCAGAGUACCCGGAGCACGACUUCAGCGAGGCACCAAAGUUCACCACAGCGCUCAGCGACCGUGCUGCUACUGUGGGAUACACCACCAAGCUGCUGUGUUCUGUUCGUGGAUCCCCCAAGCCAAAGAUCGAGUGGUUGAAAAAUCAGAUGAUCAUCGGCGACGACCCCAAGUUCCGCCAGAUCUCCAACCAGGGCAUUUGCUCCCUCGAGAUCCGUAAGCCCUGCAGCUUCGACGGUGGGGUGUACACCUGCAGAGCCAAGAACGCCCAGGGAGAGGCCACUGUCUCCUGCAAGCUGGAGGUCAAACAGGUUUAUAAUCCUGAGACUGACAAGGGGAAGGGCAAAUAAACUAGCAUCUAAAUGCCCAGAGUGCCUUUUAAGGACCAGCAGAAGUCCAGGUCUUAUGUUUUAAGAGUGUUUGAGGGGGUGAAAGAAGUCAUGGCUGGCUGUGCAGCAGUGUGUACAUAAUGAAGAAAGGGACAGAACAUACCAACAUAUCGAGUUCUACCAACAAAUCCCGACUCACCCACUCACUCCAGUAUGCAGGGAGGACCCACACCACCCCACCCAUCCCAGUUAGCCAAAUGUUGCAUGUUGUUUUAGUUGGUGACAUGGAUGUAAGGUUAUAUUUACCAUG